AAAAACUGACUUUUACAUUCGGAACUGGAUAAUAUAUCUGAUUCUGAAUUUCUGAUCUGUGUAUUACCUAAAGACCAAAGAACCAUUGAAUCAAGAAAAAAAAUAUUUCUUUCAUUACUAAUUUUAACUGUUAUAGGCGAUAAUUGCGAAUAAAAAUGCCGGUACCGGGAGGAAUGUACCAAAAUCAAGGGCCAUCCUGUUUUGACAAAAUGAAAAUGGGUUUUAUGAUAGGAUUUUGUGUUGGAAUGGCCAGUGGGGGUCUUUUCGGCGGAUUUACUGCUUUAAGAUACGGAGCUAGAGGGCGGGAGUUAGUUCAUUCAGUAGGAAAAGUAAUGCUUCAAGGCGGAGGAACAUUUGGCACGUUCAUGGCGAUUGGAACAGGAAUACGGUGUUGAUAUGAUAGUAAUGAGGUCAGAUGUUAACUUUGUAUAUACAGCAGUAAUUAGUUUAAAUAUUUUCCAUUAUUGUUUAAAUAAAUAAUAAUUAAGUA